AUGCCGGCCAAUGUCGGCGUUGUCCCCACGUCCCGGCCUCCGCUCACCCGGUACGAGAUCCAGAAGGCCUUCUCCCCAAACCAAAUCUGGAAGAACCACUCAUCCUACCAAACCAGGAAGAACCACCCACCCUACCAAACCAGGAAGAACCACUCGCCUUACUUCGGCAACCGAUCCUACAACAGCGAUAUGUGCCAGCAGGUAGACAACGUCUGGAAGUGCGGGCACCGCUCCUUCAAGACGGUCAACUUCUGCCACAUCGAGACCUGCAAAGGAACCUCGGCAGACCAUAAGGACAACAAUCUGGACGGCGACUGCCACACCUGCGAGACGCGCAAGGCGGAGGAGAACAACGGGACCAAGCGGGACGACCCCUGGGGAAAGGACGACCCCUACAAGAGCCAGAAGAAGACGACCCCGGAAGGCACACAGCCGUAUCGCUCUUUCCUCAGACACAAGUGCACCUGCAGGUGGCUCAAAACGGCAAAGGCAACCGUCAACAUCAGCUCAUGGCGUCCACACUAG